ACCGCAUCACGUUACUUAAAACCAAAACCUAUACCUUUUUACUUUCUUCCCAUCUCUUCUAUAUAUUCACUUUUCGCCCAAUUUUCUGGAUCUCCACCGCAUUUGUUGAUUCCUGGAUUUGUUUUCUUGCAAUACAAAUCGAUUCGAAAUUGUGGGUUUUGACCAAAAGUUUCUUUACUCAAUUAAUUCAUCAUCGAUUUCAUUAGUUUUUGAAAAAAGUUUUGAUUUUUACGACAAUGUUACCGAAAGACAAUAAGAAGAAAAGAAAAGGUACUGGUGGUGAUGAUGAUUAUGAAAAAACCCCAAAUAAGAACCCUAAAAACCCUUUGAUUAGCGAGGAUAAAUGUUCAAUAAUUAGGAGUCAUGUUUCCCUUGAAGAUUGUUCAAGGUUGAAGAAGAAGUGUAAAGAAGAUGUGGGUUGUAAUUUGUUUAAUGGGUUAUCAUGUUUAAGAACUAAAAUUGUCGGUGCAGUGACUGCUCCACCUUCUACUGGUGGAUCACUAUCAAUUGAACCGAUUAAGGGUUUGAAGAGGAAAAUUGGGUGUAUUGAUAUUGCUACACAAAUUGGCAAUAGGAAGAACAAAUUUGAGGAUGAUUAUAUUAAGAUCAAGAGUUUAGGGCAAGGGAAAUUUGGGUAUGUUUGGUUGUGUAGGUGUAAAACAAGUGGGAUUGAAUAUGCUUGUAAGACACUAAAAAAGGGGGAAGAAUGUGUGCAUAGAGAAGUUGAGAUAAUGCAGCAUUUAUCAGGAUAUCAUGGUAUUGUAAUGUUGAAAUCUGUUUAUGAAGAUACUGAGAAUUUUCAUCUUGUGAUGGAAUUGUGUUCUGGAGGAAGGUUGGUUGAUGCGAUGAAGGAGAAGAGGUUUUCAGAACAUAGAGCUGCUAGUACAAUGAAGGAAUUGAUGCUUGUGAUCAAGUAUUGUCAUCAAAUGGGAGUUGUACAUAGAGAUAUUAAGCCUGAGAAUAUUUUGCUUUCUAGUUCUGGGGAGUUGAAGCUUGCUGAUUUUGGCUUGGCUGUAAGAAUUGCUAGUGGUCAGAGCGUGAGUGGAAUAGCGGGAAGCCCAGCCUACGUUGCACCAGAAGUACUGUCUGGUUCGUAUCGGGAGAAAGUGGAUAUCUGGAGUGCUGGCAUCCUCCUUCAUGCCCUUUUGAUUGGUUCUCUUCCGUUCCAAGGGAAGUCGUUAGAAACAGUUUUUGACGCAAUCAAGAAUAAUAAACUGGAUUUCCACUCUGGCCCAUGGCAGUCCGUUUCAAAACUUGCUCGAGAUUUAGUUGAAAAGAUGCUUACAAGGGAUGUUUUAGCAAGGAUUUCUGCAGACGAAGUUCUUGGCCAUCCAUUCAUAAUGUUCUACACAGAACGGACGUUGAAAUCACUUCCGCUGAUCAAGUCUAACCCAAGAAUACGAACGGUGGCAUCUUCCCAUCAGUUAGGCAGCACCUCACUACCCGAAUCAACAAAAUAUCUAACUACCUCUUGUUCAACGGCUGUGAACUCGCGCUCAACUGAAAUGUCAAAUCGUCCUGUUACAUCUGAUACCGACAAACAGGAUGAGAGUUGUCUUAUGGUUAUGGAUGCACUCGUAGUCGCAAUUUCACAAGUUAGGAUCUCGGAAACUAAAAGAAGUAGGCUGUGCUUCUCAUCAGGUAACCCGAUUCAACUGCAGUAUUCGACUAACAGCAUUUGCAAAGCAUUCUAAGUCUAAGUCGCUUGACCGACAUUCCUAACAUCAGUCUACGGCCCUCCUGUUUCCGAGAGGAUGUUUGGCGUUAGUAUUAAGGUAGUCGUUUAUUCAAAUCGAUUCUUUUUAAUCAACCUAAUCGGCUUGUUUACGGUGCUCUUGUACUUCAAAUAAGGCACUUGUUCAUGUACAGUACAUAAAUCUAUGACUCCAGCUUCUUGUGUUAAUCUGUUGGUAUGAAAUACUCCAUAACCACAUUGAUUUAACUCUUAUAAGGUCAAUAUGAAAGAAGUUCAUAGAAAAUUAACCAGCAAGAAAAAUGAAAUCAGCACUACUUUAUUGAAUUAUUUUACUGGUUUUGUCUUUUGGAGUAUGUAAAUUUGAUAAAAAAAAUGUGAGAUUUGUUAACAAUUUAUAGAUUAUUUAGGUAAAAAUAAUUGGUUAGGUGGUCCAACAAUGUAAUGCCAUGCCAGUAUUUGGUAAAUAAGUUUAUUUGUUAUGAAUAAGAUAAUUUUACUAGUUGCUCCCAUUAGCGUAUUUAUAUAUAAUAUUAAUUUUCUUAAUUAUUAUAACAUUAUUAAUUU